UCUCCCCCUGCCCCAGGAAGAUGAACUUGGAGGUCAGUGAACCAAUAGACUUUAGUUCUGGAGAUCAUUUACAUCUGGUUCGGAAAGCAGCAGAUAAAGAAAAUGUCCAGCCCAAAUCUGAUCAGCACUACACAUCCUCAGGUUCAGAAGGGCCAGCACAAACUCCUAGGAAUCCUCAGCCAAAGACUGGUGAACCAGCAAGUGUUUAUGUGAUACAAAUUUCAGAUGAGAGCACCCCAGAGGACAGCAGUACAAACGUACGUGGCCCAUUCUCAGAUGCAUCUGUCCGCAGAGGUUUCAUUAGAAAAGUAUUCCUCCUCCUGACAGUGCAGUUGCUUGUCACUGGGGCAAUUAUUAGUGUGUUUCUUUUCUGGCCAGUGUUUUUUGUUAUACUUUUUGUACUGGCUUGCUGUGGGCAUAUUCGUCGCCAGGUGCCUGCAAAUUACAUUCUCCUGGGAUUGUUUACAAUUCUUCAAGGGCUGCUGCUAGGAGCCGUAUCAGUUUUCUAUAAUGCCGAGGAAGUGUUAUGGGCAACAGGAGCCACAGCUCUGGUGACGUUAGCGCUCACUUUAUUUGCUGUACAAACAAAAUGGGAUUUUACCUUGCUAAAUGGAGUGCUAUUUGCUUCUCUCUUCAUACUUCUGUUCUAUGGAGUUCUCCUCAUCUUCAUAAGAGCAUACUGGUUGCAGCUACUGUAUGCUGGACUUGGAACUGUGAUCUUCUCAUUAUACCUGCUGAUGGACGUGCAGAUGAUGGUGGGUGGGCGCCAUCAUCAUUCUGACCUGGAUCCUGAAGAGUAUGUUUUUGCUGCUCUGAAUAUCUACUUGGACAUCAUCAACCUUUUCCUUUUUAUUUUGCAACUGAUUGGACUGGCACGCUAGUCACGCGGCCAAAGCUUGCUUGAGUGGAAGAGAGGGAAAGAGUGUCGCCAGGCUCAGGCAUGCAGAAGGUGACACUUCAUAAGUCCUUUUAUUUAAAAGAAUAUUUAAGCAUACUUUCUUUGUUUAUUUGUUUGUUUUGGUUAAAUGAAGCCAAGGGUUCAGUAGAUGGUAGCUGUAGCGGUUAUAUUUUCAGUUCCUUGUUACAUAGUAAAAGUUUCUGGGAGCCAUUUCUGACUUUUAUAAAUUCAGAAGAUGAGUAUCAUAAUUCACUUCUGAAAGAUCCCCAUGACU